AUGUACACAGCGCAAGAUGUGAUUGAUUUUGUGUUAAAACUUGCAUUGCUCAAUGACAAGGGACUCUUGGAAGCACACGGACAUCUCGAAAUUGGUACUGCUACGAUAGAACCACGGCUUGAUAAGUAUGGAUGGUUUGAAGGACAGGCACGAGAAGGGUUGAAAAUUGGAAAGUUUUGGGAGUUGGGUUGCAGGUUGCUCUGCACGGAGCCUCGAGGGGAGACUUCAGUGAAAAAGGAAUCAGCCGAAAGUCCGAAAGUUGUUUUUGGAAUUGUGAGAACUGUCCUUGCCAGGCCGCGGGCCACUAUGAAGGAGAUAAGUGCUCCUGAUAAAGACAUGCUACAUGGAGUAAAUGAACCAUGGGGUUUGAGAGUUGUGCAAGAGAGCAACCGCAAUGAUCUUCCCAUCGGUAGUCUCGUGCUCAACUACUACGUUUUCGCAUGGAAUGAAGUCGGAUUAGCACCACCAUCGACGUUGGUGCUCGGUCCGACUCCUCCUCCGCCAUGGACGAUGGAAGAGGCAAACAUCACAGAUGCGGUGGUAAUCAUCCUGGCUGCGUCUGGAAAGAUCGCAGUGGUGUUCGCUCACCAGUUGAAGUUUACGCAACCAGCAGGAUCUCAGCCGCGGAAGAUUAUCGCCGUCACGAGCCAGACGUCCCGGGCAUUUGUGGAGGCUACAGGGUUCCACGAUCUAGAGGCAGUGAAGAAAGUGGGAAGGAAGGAACUUGAAAAGAAAUUCGCGAAAAUCCUGGGUGAAUUUUUGGAUGUUGGAGGGAUUCCUGGACUGUCUAUGAAGAUGCAGCAAGGAAUGGGGGCUGUGGCGGAAGGGUGGGAUGCCCUGUGUUCUGGAGACCCUGGGCCAGAAACCGGCUUGAUGUUCAAAAUAGACUGA